CUCUCACACACAACAACACACACACUCAAUUGUUGUGGUCUCCUUCGAAACCCAAACCAAAACCACUCUCUCUCUCUCUCUCUCUCUCUCUCUCUCUCUCUGUCUGUCUUCUUCUGCGUUGCAACCUUCCUCUUUCCCUCUCUCCACCAUCCACCGUUUCACUGGUUGCUUACGGAUGAAGAUGUUUGUUAAAAGUGAGCAAGCUGAUGUUGUGCUUCAUAAUUGUUUAAUGUUUUGCUGAGGAACAUCUGGUCCUUUGUGCCAAUGGCUGCUGAUCAAAGAAGAAAACGAUUAAAUGGUGCAAGUUCUUCAGAGCCAGAUAAGACGAAAAGAAAGAAUUUGGAACUAGUGCAAAGUGAUUUAACCAUGAAAUCUCAUGUUUUUGUUGAGUGGGAUGGUAAUCACCAAAAGGUGGUUGCCAAGCGGGAACAGAUUGGCAUCAGUUGGAGACAAAUGAAACCAUUUGCCAGUUUUGCUCAUGAUGGACACAACAUCUUGGCAGAUGUCCUUGCAAUACCUGAAGAAAUUUUUGGCUUGGAUAGUUUAAGUGAAGUGCUUUCGUAUGAGGUUUGGAACACACUCCUUUUGGACAGUGAGAGAAAUUUUCUUAUGCAGUUUCUUCCCAGUGACUUAAAGCCACAUCAAGUUGUCAGAGAAUUACUUUCAGGGGAUAACUUUCACUUUGGAAACCCUUUUGUAAAAUGGGGUUCUUUACUUUGUUCAGGUUCUCUUCAUCCAGAUAUGAUUGUUAACCAGGAGCAGCAUCUAAAAUCUGAUAAAAGAGCAUACUACUCACAGAUACAUAAUUAUCACAAGGAUAUGGUAGGAUUUCUAGUUAAGUUGAAGAGGAGGUGGGAAAGCUGCAAAGAUCCAGAAAAGGAAAUUCUGCAGAUGAUUCGGAGGUCAAAGAAUGAUGUAGAUAAAAGAACACAGCCAAACUUGAAUGAAUUUAUCGUUGAUGAUCAUGAUGGGAAUGUUACAGCAACAUCCGAGUCGUGUUCCUGGGAUGCAGAGGAGAAAGCACACAGUGAUAACCAAAUUUCCUCAAUCGGACAGCGAGAUGAACAUCAGAAAAGGGUGCUUGACAAAGGCUUCAGUAAAGGUAAACCCAGAAAUCUGAUGGUUUCUUCAGAUAUGCCCAAUGUGGGAGAAAAACCCAAGAAAGGUGACAAAAUACACAAGCUGAACGAAUAUUCUAGUGAUGGUGACAAAUAUAUGUCAUAUAUCAAGAUUAGCAAGAAGCAACAUGAACUUGUUAAGAGUAUGAAGCUAUCUUGUAAAAGCAUCCAGUCUCACGCUCUUAACCAUAUUUUGGGUGACCUUGUCCUUGAUAACAUUCAUGCGCAACCGUACGGAGUAUUUAUCAAAGAAGAACAGCAGAAUUUGCAUGACCAUUGGUUGCGAUUGGUGAAAAAAGACCUCCCUGCAGCACAUGCAAACUGGGCAGAAAGACUGAUGCAGAAACAUGCAGUGAAAAAUUCUUUGGUGGUUGAGAUGAAGGAUAAAUCAAAUCCAUUGGCAGAGGAUGAUGAUAUUGUGAGUUCCGGCCAGCCUCAGGAUCAGGAGGAUGGUAGUCUUGAUAAGCAGUCUUUAGAAGAUGAUGAAGGUUCUAUUGCUCAAUCCCCAGAGAACCAGUCCCUGCAUUAUUCUUAUCAUAGCAAUGACGAGCUCAACGACGUGUGUAUAGAUUCGAAUAAAAAUAUUUUAUCAAAAAGAGACGAUUCUUCACAGAAUAAAAUUGAAUAUGCAAAGAUUGUGAAUUCUCAUGAUGAUUCUAUCAGUGAAGGAGUUCCUUUCUCUUCAGAUGGUCAUGCCUGGCAAGCAUCUGAAAGGCCACAUUACCAUGAUUCUUCUGUGAGCCAUGACUAUACAGCAAAUGGGCUAUCGCUGGUAAAUCCUCAAGUUAAUGAAGAACAACAAACCCAGGUGAUUAGUCUAGAUUCUAAUUUACAUCUAGAAGAUCCUGGUAAAGAGUUCUUACACAGGCAGUCAGAUGAUGGUCCCUUCAGUUCUUGCCAGAGCCAGGAUCGAAUUGACUUCCUUCAGUCUCUAAUCAAGGGAAAAGGGGUUAAUUCCUAUCACCCUGAACAAAAAUGUGCUGGGUCAAGUUUCCAGACUUCAAGCAAUGUUAUGAUGGGAGAUGACAAAUUUUCCAGUCAUUUUAAGGAGCCAUUGCAAACAUCCCUGACAUUGGAUCAAGGUAACAGGAGAGCUAGUGAAGUUUACAUGCCAGAAAGCAUGUCAGGUAAUAUUUAUUCCGAAAGAGGAAGAUAUUUAAUCCCAAGGCAAGAUGCAUUAUCAUUAUCUAAAGGGAAUAUUACUAAUUGGGCUGCUAAAUCUACUGGAAUGUCAGCACCUCCGCGACCUCAUGUAAAUACUGGAGAUUUCAUUGGUCACAAUUGGUUUUCUUCAGACCAUCAAGUUCGUCUUGGCUGGAAUGGAUCUAAUAAUGUUGGUCUUUCUAGUCAUAGUCUUGGCACUGGAAGUGGAGGGAACUCAGACCAAAGCUUGUUUAGUGUUCUAUCUCCCUGUAGCCAAUUACGCUCAGGUAGCCCAUAUGAGUCAGUGAGACGCCCUGACCAGUUCCUUGCGCCAGGAGCAUAUGGAAUGCUAGAUGCAGGUACACCCAGGAUAAAUGCUGUUGUACCACCAUCUUCUCAUCCACUAGAUUAUUUCAGUGGGAGAGACACACCUAGUGCUGUGGUGCCUAAUGAUAUGACAUGGGUGAGUUUGCCGCCUCCACCUCCGGAUCCAGCUUUAAAUGAUCAAAUGGGAAAGCCAUACUUGAGGUCAUGGAACCAGUAAAUUAUGUAUUACCUUUUGUCAGUUACUCAGUAAACAUAGUCGGGGUUCAGAGCUAGACUGACAGAAAAGCAAUUUUGUUCGUGUGAUAGCAUGGGAUACAUAUCCACAGAUGGGAUACAUAUCCAGAAGUGAGAUAAGUUUAUGUAGAUAACUAUAUCAUGGUCAACUCAACACCAUAUACAUAUCUAGAUGUUAGAUGGGCUUGAAAGAGAAAGCAGGGGGUAAGAUAAGCUUCAAGAAUUUCAAGUUGCUAGGCAAGUUACAUAUUUCAUUAUUAUUAUUUUUUUCCCGUGUUUCUGGAUAGGUAUUCUUUAGAAGUUUUGAAAGGUAUGAAAUGCUGAAGGCAGGUUCCUCCUUUUGAGCUAUAUUUUUGUUCUUUACGUAAUACCGUCGUUUUAUGUUUAUAAUGCUGAAACAAAGGUCUUAUAGCAA